AGCGGAUACAGUGGGCCCCUCCCGAAGGGCCGUGGGUCAGACACCUGGACAGGGCGACGCGCCCAGCAGGCUCUCCCUGCCAGCUGGCCGUGGACCGCAAGGGGUCUGCGCCAGGUCCCCGGGGACCCACGGCCGGGGCAUAAAGGCCGCCACUCCCGAGCCCCACGGACAGGCCUGACUGGCAGUGGUGACUGCAGAGCCCUGGAGGUGUGGACCCUGUUCGUGGCCACCGCAGGCCCAGGGGCCCCUGUCCUUCCGGGACCUGGCGUGCGGCUCGUGUGGGCUGGGCUGGGGCGACCGAGAUUUGGGGACGUGAUGUAUUACGCUCUCGUAGUGGAGGAGGUCACCCCAACGAUGGAGGUGACCCCUGUGCAGUUCUCGGCGCUGAGGAGCGGCUCCGUGCACGUCUCCUUGGCGUACAAGAUCCGUGGCCAGUGCCACAUACUGGAGUCCACCCUGGAGAAAACUGCCACCCCCGGCGAACACAGGAACUGUAGAAACCCUGGCGUCAACUCGGAAGCUCUAGAAGCAUUUCAGCAAUUCUCCCGGCUCAAGGGGGGACUCAGGACAGCGUCUUCAUGCCCGUCCAAAAGGAGAGCUGCAUCCCCACUUGUGAUUAGGGACCUCUGUCACACGGCCAUUAAUACUGGAGCUAGAGGUGCAGUGACCUACCUGAGGUCCCCAGAACUGCCGGGAGCACAGCCGGAUGAGGACGAAGUGGGGCUGUUUUUGAGCCCAGCCCCUCAUGCACACAGAGCUUUGGUUGGGGAUGGACCGCAGAAGGCCCCUCCCUCUGCUCAGACUGGCUCUGCAGCAGCCCCCGCAACCCCCCACCUGCACCCCACAGGCCCCCGUGAGCCCCCUGCACCCCACAGGCCCCCCGUGAGCCCCAUGCACCCCACAGGCCCCCCCGUGAGCCCCCUGCACCCCACAGGCCCCCUGCACCCCCCCGGCCCCCCGUGA